CAACUGCUUUCACUGCACAAACAACCGUUUUUCCAGCUUCCAAAGCUUUCACUGCCUUCAUUCUUCUCUCCAUUACCCCAUAUUUUCUAAGAUUGCAUCAUUUUCGAACAAAAUCUCCUCCAUUUUUUUGCAACCAUCUGCAUAAGUUUCACCAGAUCCCAGGAAGUAAAAUUUACUCUGCAUUUUUGCAACACUCUGAAAAACUAGUCAAAAGUCCUGUUUGUUUCCCCAGAUUUUCUCCAUAAUCGUUUUUUCUUUUUAGCUUUUUGGAUUUUACUCUCCUUCUUCCAAAGGAUUCGAUUCUAGAUGUUGGCUUUCUGCUUUUAUAACUAUUGCAUCUUGGUUUCUACUUUACAUAUAUGUAAUUAAUGAAAAUUGAUCUUGAAGGUACAUAGCUGGCUAGAAAGUAAGUACUUUCGGGCGAUUCAAAGAGAAACCUUAGCAAUAUUGUUAUUUUUUUUCUUUCGUCGCUCAAAGUCACUUAAGCAAGGUAACUCGUAAGCUUCAUGUUCGCAUGAAUUUACGAAUGGUUGGAUUGCCAUUUUUCUUCUCAACUUUAAUUUUUUCACUUUCAGCCUCACUGAUUUUAUGUAUUAACUUACCAUCUCAUAUUGUAUUUUUUAAUUUUUGCAGAUUAUUGCAUCAUUUUGGUAAAAUCAACUGCAUUUUUCUCUCUCAAAAACAGAAGUUUAACACCAGCAGCUAGAAACUUCCGAGCAAUCUGUGGAGAAGCGUUUCACUAGGCGCCGCCCUUUGCCGCUCAAGAUUAAAAAAGAAAAAGAAAAAAAAUUAGGCAUAUCCCUUUCUGUUUUCAAUCUAAGGUCAUUUGGGGAAAGCACUAACCAUUUAAGCGAGAUUAUUGCAUCAUUUUGAUAAAAUCUACUGCACUUUUCUGUCUCUCAGAAGCAAAAGUUUCAUACCAGCAGCUAGAAAUUCCGAGCAAUCUGUGGAGAAGCGUCUCAGUAGGCCCCUCCCUUUUGCUGCUCCAGAAAAAAAAAAAAAAAAAAAAAAAAAAAAAAAAAAAAGAGAAAAAAUUGGGCAUAUCCCUUUCUGUCUUCAUUUGAAGGUUAUUCGGGGAAAGCACUAGCCAUUUAAGCGAGAUUUUCAAUCAAAAAAUCAUCUUUCACAAGGUUCUAGCACAUGCAAACAGAAAGGGUGAUAAAAAAUUAAUGAUUGCAUCAAUUUGGAGAAAUCUACAUCAUAUUCUGCAAUUUACACUUUCAAUAUUCUCAAAGACUCAAAUUGAAGAAGCGCAAUUUUCAGGCAGCAGGCAACUUGUGGAGAAGUUUUUGUCAGGCACAUUGGUCGAUCCUUACACUUAUCGGUUGGAGAAAAUACUAGCAAUUUAAGUGAGGCUGUUAAAGCAAAUAUUUUGGCAUGCUUGAAGGGAGAAGAGGUGACAAUGCUUGGAGUUUGGGGGAUGGGGGGAGUCGGGAAAACAACAAUAAUGAAGCAUGUCCAUAAUGAACUUCUAAAAGAAGGUAAAUUCAAGAAAAUAAUUUGGGUAACUGUGUCACAAAACUUUGAUAUCCCCAUAUUGCAAGAACAAAUUGCAUGCAGCUUGAAGGGAAAGUUGGAAAAGCUUCAAAAUGCAACUAGUCGUGCAGGAGUGUUGUCAAAGAUGCUAGAAGAACAAAAGCCUCACUUGCUGAUUCUUGAUGAUGUGUGGAGCAGUUUCAGACUUGAAGAUGUCGGAAUUCCUAAGCCAAAUGUAACUAAUGGCUGCAAGUUAGUAUUGACUACACGGUUACAAGAUGUUGCUUGUUCAAUGGAUUGUAGAAUAAUCCAAGUGAAGAAUCUUUUAAAAGAGGAAGCUUUAAAAUUGUUCUUAAAUGAAGUUGGAGAUACUGUCUUAUCAGAUCAUGGAGGAGGCAUUAAAAGGGAUUUAGAAUCAACUUUGAAGGAGAUUGUGGAUGAAUGUGAUGGUCUUCCAUUGGCACUCAUUACAGUUGCUGGUAGCUUAAAAGGAAUAUCUGAUUCACAGUUGUGGAGUCUUGCACUGAAUCAAUUGAGAAAAUACAAAAGAAAUGUAGCAGGUACAUAUGCUGAUGCAUUUCAGAUAUUAAGGUUCAGUUAUGAUCGUUUGGAAAACCAACAGAUCCAAUAUUGUUUCUUAUAUUGUGCACUGUAUCCUGAGGAUCACGAGAUUCUGAAGGAGGAAAUAAUUGAAAGCUGGAUUGACGAGGGGUUUAUAGAUGAAAUGGAAUCUCGACAAUUAAUGAGGGGUGAGGGUUAUGGUAUUUGGAAGAAGCUUGUUGACAGUAGCUUGUUAGAAUUCAUUGAAGAUGAAUAUACAGGAGAUUGUGUGAGGAUGCAUGAUCUUAUUAGGGACAUGGCCUUAGACAUUGCAAGAAUGAGGCCUCGGUUCUUGGUAGAAGCUGGCAAGGCAUUGAAAGAGUUACCAGAGAGGGUAAAUUGUGCAGAAGGUGUUGAAAAGGUUUCAUUAAUGCAUAAUUAUAUUGAAGAAAUUCCAUCGAGCUUGGCAUUUUCAACAUGCACAAGGCUCACAACCUUGCUGCUGGCCCAUAACAAAUUGUCAACAAUUCCAGAAUCUGUCUUUGAGCACAUGCCAGAGCUAAAGAUUCUAGAUCUGUCCUUCAAUUGGGAGCUAAGUAGCUUGCCAAAUUCCAUCUCCAAAUUGGUGAAGCUUACUACAUUGUUGUUAGAAUCAACAUCCCUAGAAAAGGUACCAUCUUUAUCAGGCCUUGGAUCCUUGAAAAAGUUAAACCUUAGGGGGACAAAAAUCAAAGAAGUCCCUGAAGGCCUGGGAAUGUUGAAGAAUUUGAAAUGUCUUUUUCUUUGUGGAUCAAAUCCUUCCGAUAUUCUUGAAAUAGAUGAAAUAGCAGAUGGAGAAUUAUCAAAUCUCUCCAAACUUCAAGAGUUAAUUGUAGAUAAGAGCAGAAUAAAAUUGAAGGGGAACGUGGUUGGGAGAUUGAAGAAGUUGGAAGUUUUUCAUGGCUGGUUCCCCACUGCGAAUGAAAUGAGAAUCUUUCUCAAAUGUCAGCCUAAUAGGCUGAGUGACUAUUUUAUUAAUGUUGGAAGCAAUUCGAAUGUGACUUUUACUGUUACAGCAGAGUUACGAGGAUAUAAGAAAAUAAUGGUGUUCGAGGAGACUAGUAUUGUUGGAGAGAAUAUGUUACUUCCCUCCGUACAAGUAUUAUGUAUUGAAGCUUGCCACGACAUAAGAAGCUUAAAUGAUUUUUCUACAAUCGAUGAUGCUACAGAUUUGAAGGAAUGUUUGAUUUAUUUUUGUAAUGGCAUGGAGUGCAUUUUUCCCUCGUGGGUACACAACCCAGUGGUACAAACCAUUGAGCAUCUGGAUCUUCAGCGGUUGGACAAAUUGGAUGGGCUAUUUGAAGCAGACAUCAUUGCGAGGUCAUCACCUCCACCUGGAACUUUUUCACUUCUUAAAGUAGUUCAUGUUUUUUCAUGCAAAAAAUUAAAGAAGUUAUUUCCAUCUUGGAAGUUGGUGGAAUAUCUCCAAAGUCUUGAAAGAAUCUGGGUUGACAAAUGUGAAGAAAUGGAAGAAAUAAUAGCAUCAGAUUCAGAAGGAGGAGGAGAAGAAGAAAGAGGAGAAGAAGGAAAGGACAUCAUCAACGAGCUCAUUCUUCCAAAAUUAAAAUCUGUGAGAUUGUCGCAGUUGCCUGCACUGAAGAGCAUCUGUAGCAGGAGGGCAGUAAUGGUAUCUAAUUCUCUUGAAGAUAUUGAAAUUACUGAUUGCAAGGGGCUAAGGAGGAUUCCUUUUCGUCUCUUUCCUCAUCUAUCUCUUGAUGGGUUGGACAACUUGGAUUGGAUGUUUGAAGUAGAAUUGAUUGCCAUGUCACCACCUCAGCCUUGCACUUUUUUAUCUCUUAAAAAAAUUAAAAUUCAGAAAUGCAGAAGAGUAAAGAAGUUGUUUCCAUCUUGGAAGUUGGUGGAAUAUCUCCAAAAUCUAGAGGAGAUUGAUGUCAGAUAUUGUGAAGAAAUGGAAGAAAUAAUAGCAUCAGAUCCAGAAGAAGAAGGGGAAGGAGGGGACAUCAUCAAGGAGCUCAUUCUUCCAAAAUUAAAAGAAUUAAAAUUGUGGCACUUGCCUGCAUUGAAGAGCAUUUGUAGCAGGAGGGCAGUAAUGGUAUGUGAUUCUCUUAAAUCUCUUUCCAUUAGUGAUUGCAAGGUGAGGAUUCCCUUUCAUCUCCCUCCUUAUCUAUCUGUUGAUGGGUUGGACAACUUGGAUUGGCUGUUUGAAGGAGAAUUGAUAGCCAUGUCACCACCUCAGCCUCGCUCUUUUUCAUUUCUUAAAAAUGUUAUGAUUAAGGAAUGCAAAAAAUUAAAGAAGUUGUUUCCAUCUUGGAAGUUGGUGGAAUAUCUCCAAAAUCUAGAGGAGAUUAAUGUCCGAGAGUGUGAAGAAAUGGAAGAAAUAAUAGCAUCAGAUCCAGAAGAAGGAGGAGAGGAAGGAGGGAACAUCAUCAAGGAGCUCAUUCUUCCAAAAUUCAAAAGUCUGUAUUUGUAUAAUUUGCCUUCAUUGAAGAGCAUCUGUGGCCGGAGGGCAGUAAUGGUAUCUGAUUCUCUUGAAAAUAUUAGUAUUACCAAUUGCAAAGCCCUAAGAAGGAUUUCUUUUCGUCUCCCUCCUGGUUUAUCUCUUAAGGAGUUGGACAACUUGGAUUGGGUGUUUGAAGUAGAAUUCAUUGCCAUGUCACCACCUCAGCCUAGCACUUUUUCAUCUCUUAAAACUCUUAAUAUUCAGAAAUGCGGAGGAAAUAAGUUGUUUCCAUCUUGGAAGUUGGUGGAAUAUCUCCAAAGUCUAGAAAGGAUUGAAGUCUACCGUUGUGAAGAAAUGGAAGAAAUAAUAGGAUCAGAUCCAGAAGAAGAAGGAGAAGAAGGAGGGGACAUCAUCAAGAAGCUCAUUCUUCCAAAAUUAAAAUAUCUGAUUUUGUCGCAGUUGCCCGCAUUGAAGAGCAUCUGUAGCAGGAGGGCAGUAAUGAUAUGUGAUUCUCUUGAAAGGAUUCUAAUUACGGAUUGCAAGGGCCUAAGGAGGAUCCCUCUUUCUCUUCCCCUAGUUGAUAACGCCCAACCAUCUCCUCCUCCUUCCCUCAAAACAAUCAACAUGCGUCGACGAGAAGAGGAAUGGUGGGAAUCGUUGGAGUGGGACCAUCCCAAUGCAAAGCAUGUCCUUCAACCCAAGGUUUCGUUUAUGUCCUGAUAUUUUCUCGUUUCCAUAAUCAGAGUCGGAACAGUUGGAAUUGGAAGAUUAUCCAGAAGAUUGAAAGGUGAGGGAUCAAUUUGCGAAGCCCGUUUAUUCAGCCAGUCUGUUGCUUUUCGUUCCGGGCUUCGAAGGAUGUCCUUUCUACUACCCUUGUGUGGAUUGUUUUAGUGUGACUCUUGUGUUUUCAUACUCUUUGUAAAUUAAUUGUGUUGAAAACUGAUUUAAAAUCCCAUAUGAAUUCUUAUGUAUUUUGCUGCUGUUAUAUAUCUUGGUUGUACCAUGUACAAACAUAAAUAUGUGUUUUCAAUCUAAUCUUGGAUGAAUUAGUUGGAGAGAAAGCAGGAAUUCCAACCCACAACAAUCAACUCACGAAUUCAUU